UGUAAUUUUUUUCACUGUUGUUGGAUCGAUAAGCCUAGUUGAUUGUCUUAAGGACUUCAUCACAAAUUCAUGAAAAUUUCGUGAACAUUACUUAUUACUCAUCGUGUUGCCUGGGUUGAAGUGUAAUACAACAAAGACCAAUAGUCCGAGUCUAUUACGGUUAUUGAUAGACGCGCAAGCUUAAUUUUAAAAUAAGCGCUCCGUAUCGAGUUAGGGACAAAGACAGGGAAAAUUGAUCAAUACUCCUCCUGUCUUUGUUUGCCUUUUUCUGGUUUCGAAGACAAACCUUUGUUCUGGUUCAUUUUCACUUCUGAUUUUCCUUUGCUUCAAGUUCAUUUUGACAUAAUUUUGAAUUUUGUAGUUCAUUUAUUUUCCAACACUUCAAGUAACAUUUUCAACUCAUUUAUAGAUAAUUAUAUUUCUUGAAAAUGGCAGAUGCAAUGGAAGAUACUGAACCUCGUGAAGACCGAGUUACUAUCAAAGUCAAGAUUGGAGGCGAAGAUUAUCAUGAUAUUGUAAUUGAUUGGUCAGACGGUAAAGAUACAAGUCAAAUUUUAAUCGACCAACUUUCAUUGUUAACAGGAAUACCAUGCGAAAACAUAGACUGCGUUAUUGUCAAUUGUGUUCCAGGCCACGUUUAUAUAUCCAAUUCAGGACCAUCCAGAAUAGAUCGUGAUAAAUUUCCUAGAGAAAAAUAUAAUGCAUACAUAACUGACGGUGAUUGUUUUGCGAUUGCUUUCGAUUUCGAUUAUUACAUGGAUCGAUUUAUUUCGAGGCUAAAUUUAGUGAGUCGUCAAAAUUAUGAUGAUGAGCUAUGUACAAGAGACUUUUGUCAAUACUCGAAUGCAAGACCUAUGUUGAAUCGACGAAUAAAAAUCAUGAAAAACGCUGCAUUGCUGGCAAAAUUUAAAGCGAUUCUCAGAGCAGCAUAUAUUCCAACAUCUACCGGACGAGUUAUGGCAGCACACAGAGCUAACUAUAGUUGUAACAUACAGCCGUACAUAACUGCAAAGUGCAAACGCAACCCGUACUCUGGAAAUCCUUUCUCUUUAAAAACUUACUAUCCACGAACUCAUGGCUAAUGUUCACUUGAUGUCAUUUAUCAAGUGAUUAAUUUAUCUAUUCAUAAAGGACAAAUAAUUUAGUAAAAUACAAGCUUUAUUCAAUAAAAUCAUUCCUUGAUUUAAUCCUUUAUCAUAACAGAAUGAUGUCUCAUCAAAAGAUGAAAGUAUUUCUAAAAUUUUGAAUGUUCAUCGCCCUUGUACGCUUUAUAUACCUUGCUCAGAAAAGUUAAUUCGCUCAUUUUAUUUUAUAAUUUUAUGUUCUAUAUGCAUAAAGAUUGAGAAUUUUUCAUAAUUUAUGUGUUUUAUAUUCAAUAACUGAUACAAUAAAUUAAAUAUACUUGCCACUCU